AUGGAUGUUGGAAAGCUUCUGGCCUUGAUCCAAGAGCGCCCCCAGCUCUGGGACACCCGGUGUGAUCAAUACCAUGAUAAAAUGUUGAAGGAGCGUGGCUGGGAUGAGGUGACCCAGGAGAUGUUGGCCCGAGAGUGGGAGAAGGGCAAUUCUGCCAAACGCCGAAAAUUAGGUAAGCCCUUUAUAUUCAAAUGCAUUGCUAAUAUAUGUUUUAGUAUUUUGUCUUUUCUAUGUGCCGUUAUCAUUGCGUAUGUAUAUAAUCCUAUUGAAAGGUUGUUAUGUCAUAUUUCUACAGUCCAACGUGUGAAGACCCGCUGGCAGUCCUGCCGAGACCAGUACCGACGGGAACGCGUGCAGGGCCUUGGACAUAGUGGCGAGGGUGGGCGCCGAAAGAAGCCCUAUAUAUACACCCGGCAACUGAACUUCUUGAGGCCAGUGCUGGAUGUGAGGACCACUGUUGACAGCCUGGAGCCACAGAGGGAAACUGGCAACACCAGCAGUGAGUCGGACCAGGCAGCGUAUGGGCAGGACUCCCCUCGUCCUGGGGAGCAGGAGGUGGAACCUGUCCAGCAGCUGCCAGAUGAAGAGAGGGAGGAGUCCUCUGCUCUGGAAGGACCAUCUAGAGCCCUCGAAUCCAGUCCCCAGCCCCGAAGGAGACAGCCACGCAGGAGAAGGGUGGCACCUCCGAACCCUGAUUCUGCCGCAAAUACUCAGGCACAGGUACAGACUCAGGUGCUUGAGUAUUUGCGGCAGAGACAUUUAGAAGGGAGUGAGGAGAGGAUGCUAAGCGGGCUUGCUCAUCUUUUUAAAGAGCUGCCCGCAUAUAAGCAAACCCUCUUUGUGGAUGUAAUGACAUCGGUUUUCACAAUUUUCAAAACCCCUUUAGAUCCACAUGAGGUUGUGUGUUGUGUGGAUAACCUCAAAAACCAAGUUUUCAGGUUAUGCCCACAACCAGGGCACAGCAUGGUCCCUCAACAUGCUAGGCCCAGCUCAGCUUCACAGCCACUUUUUUCCCAGGAGCAGCCAUUUAUGCCCCAACAAAGUUUACCUGGCCCAGUCACCUACCCACCCCAAAGUCAUGUGGCUGCCCCUCAUCACCAGGGGCAAGGUAGUUUUACCCAGGAACUUUUCAACCUAUAA